AUGACGGGCUGUGAGACGUGCCCAGGCGCCCAGCUAGGGGUCGGCAGCCGCCAGCCGGCACUGCAGCAGCCACCAGCCAGCAGGGGGUCGGCACUCGGCAGACGGGCAGACCGCAGAGGCGCAGACGGGCGACGGCAACUGCCGAGCUGCUGCAGUGCGGCGAGUAGCACCGAGCAGUCAGCAGUGAGCACCGUAGCUGUGAGACGCCAGACGCGCCCAACAGCCAGCAGGGGGUCGCCGGGUCGGAGCUCAGGGUGUCGGUCGCCGCCUCGCCGGUCGGGAUUCGCCGAUUUGGGUGGUCGGCUGUCGGCAGGCGGCGCGGCAGCUCGACGCAGUGGCCGUCACCCGCCAGUCCGUGCCUUGGCGGCUCGACGCGGCGCUGCCGCGGCCGGUGCCCAGCUGGGGGUCGGCAGACGGCAGGUCCCGAGGUCCGCAGCUGCAGGUGGCGCUGUGGUGGCUCAGUGCGGCCACGAGGUGGGUCGGGCGUCAGGCGUCGGCGAGGCGGCGAGCUACGGUUCGGCGCGCGGCGAGCUACCGUUCGACGGUAGCAACGCGACGGAGCUUGGCACUGGCGCACUGCGGCAGCCGGUCAGCGAGGCGGCAGGGGGUCGGGCGGUCGGCGGCUCAGCGGCCGGCGGCCCGGCGCAGGGAUUCUCAGAUAGUCAGAUGGGGAGUGGGAGGCUGGGAGCGCCGUGA